AUGAGAAUUAAGACCACCACCCCCCUGGCGGCGGGCGAUAGUCUCACAGUGAAGACUCUCGCCAACCAAAUCCAAGCAAACCAUGCAGCGUUCGAUAUCAGACAGCACGAGCACAAUCAGUGCACUCCUGGUCAUCCGCAAGACCUCAUCACCCACCCCAUCAACUACCUCCGACCUGUGUUGCACAUGCAAGAUCCUGCCCUCAACUCCGCGAUCCGUCUGUAUCUGCACUUCGUUGACCAUGCACUCCCGAUCUUCCAUUCCCUUCUUCAUUGCAUGCCUACCCUUGCCGCACGUAAGGACGACUCUGAUGUGAAAGAGUGGACAUUCCCAGAACCGCUUGUUACGCUGACAGCUGAGCAGAAAGCGAUCACAUGGGAGUAUAUGGGAAGGGUUGGAAGAGAGAUCGAAUGGAAAGAAUGUUCCCGCGAAGAGAUGAACAAAGGUGGUAAGAAAAUGGUAGCAGAGGGAGAGUGCACUCUUCGGCCCGACCGUCCUCUGCAGUUCUGUGGGUUGCUGGGGUUCGGAUCGACCAUAACGACUUCCAGAGAGCUGGUUCAACAGGUCGAAGCUUCGGCACGUACAGGAGAUUCGAGGAAACACCAGUGGUGCUCGUUCGACUUGGCGACGACCUGGCUGCACGAGCUUUCGCACGCGGUGGAGCACGCUGUCUUGCCGGGCGUCGGAUGGGACGAUGUGUUCCUCGGCCCCGGAGCCAAGACCAGCGAGACCGGAUUCGAGGUUGAAGGAAGGGUCCUUGGAGGGCGCUUCAAUGUUCGGAACGGAAAUGUGGGACUCCCGCGUGCGGAUACCGGCGAGGUAUGGAUGCGAGAGUGGCCAGACCUGAUGACAAUCCAUGAAUACUGGAACGACGACAAUAGAUUGAUAGCGAGGCUGCCAGCGACGGAGUUGGAGCGCUUGUGGGUGAAGCAAUGGAGGAUCGACUGGAGGUUUGUCGAGAAGAUGUUCGAAGACCAGUUCUGGCAGAAACAUCUCAAAGCGAGACUCAGGCAGGUGGCCGAGAAGGAGAAAGCUAGGCAGGAGUCACUGGCUAAUGGGUAUGUUGCACGGGAGAUCGACGAGUAUCUGGCGAAUUUGAAUGUUCGUCCAAAUUGA